UUGAGCUUGAUGCAUUGAUGCGUGGUAAAUCUUUGCCUUCCAACAGCAGAUUAGUCUCACUUGCACCAGAGAUUGAUCAGUCUACUGGGCUCAUAAGAGUUGGUGGCCGUUUGCGAAGAAGUGAGCUGCUUAGGCCAGAUACUGCCCAUCCAAUCGUUCUUGAUCCCAAACACCCGCUCAGUCAACUACUGAUCCAACAUUAUGAUGGAAAACUUCACCAUCCUGGCUCAGAAAGAGUAUUUGCUGAGUUACGCCGUAAAUACUGGAUCAUUAGAGGGCGAGAAGCAGUACGGCUGCAUCAGCACCAGUGUCAUGAAUGCAAAAAAUGGCGUGGAAAGCCUGAAGUGCCAAUAAUGGCUGAUCUACCACCAGCUCGACUCCGUCUCUACCGCCCAGCUUUUUAUUCGACAGGUGUUGAUUGUUUUGGGCCUUUCACAAUCAAAAUAGGCCGGCGCAAUGAAAAACGGUGGGGGAUCAUAUUUAAAUGUAUGACGACCAGAGGAGUCUACAUUGAUUUAAUGCCUAAAAUUGAUACAGAUUCAUUCCUCAUGGCCCUACGCAGAUUCGUUGCCCGCAGAGGAAAUCCCCAUGAACUCUAUUCUGACCGGGGAACAAACUUCAAGGGAGGAGAAAGGGAAUUAUCAGAAGCAUUUGCAGCCAUGCAACCCACUCUGCAAAGUCAGCUUGCAAAGCAGAAAAUUCUGUUCAACUUCAAUCCCCCUGGAGCUCCUCAUUUUGGGGGACUAUGGGAGAGAGAGAUCAGGUCUCUAAAAUCUGCUCUCAAUGUUACACUUGGAGCCCAACAUGUAACUGAAGAAGUGCUUAGUACAGUGCUUACAGAGAUCGAAGGCAUGUUAAACUCCAAACCUCUGGGCUACGUGUCAACGGAUGUAGCAGAUGUUGACCCUAUCACUCCAAACAGCCUGUUAUUGGGGCGGCAAGACCCUGAUUUACCCCUAAUUGUUUACCCUGAGUCCGAAUUACUUAGCAAGAAACGCUGGAGACAUAGCCAGGUCCUUGCUGACCAGUUUUGGGCCCAUUUCAUCAAGCGGUACUUGCCUGAACUGCAAACUCGUGCAAAGUGGAUGAAUGAGACUGGCAAAGAGCUAAAGACUGGGUCAGUAGUGAUGAUAGUGGAUCACCAAUUGCCUCGAGCCCUCUGGCCAGUGGGUAAGGUCUCAGCCACAGUACUCAGUGCUGAUGGGAAAAUCAGAACUGCUGAAGUUCAAGUGCAGGGUCGGAAAUAUAUCCGACCAGUGAGUAAGCUUAUUUGUUUGCCACCAUUACCUGAUGAUAACAAAGACUCAUAAGCCUUUUCUAAAGUAUAAUUUACUACGUAAAUUGGGGCGGCUGUUGAAAAGGCUCUGCAAGUUUAUUCUUAUUGGUGUGUUGUAAUUGAUUGACAGUCGUUACUUAGUCCCGCCCCCAGAGAUGACGCAACUAGUUAUGUUUCGCUUGAAAGCUGAGGGCUCGCGUGUAUUCAAGCCAUAGGAAAGUGUGCGUACAUUUAAAAAAACCACACUUACAUUAAAAUAGUGAUUGGACCUUUGGACUUUGUGCAUUCUUACCGAUGCCCCGUGAUGAUCCCAAUUUAGUCAGAACCAGUCAAUACAGUCCUUAAACCUCUUUAACA